GUAAAAACGAUAAGUUUUGACAGCUCUGUUACGCAACCGUCACACACGCGUGUUUGUGUUGAAUGAUUCUCAGUUGUGAAUUUCGGUUUCGCUGUAGCUAAUACAUUACAAAAACAUCCCUGAGAAUGGCCGACUUCGAUACUUCCAAGAGUUCUGUUGAUCCCGAGCUGCAGGACUUCCUGAUGGCGGAGAAGCAGAAGGCUCAGCUGAGUGCUCAGAUUCACGAGUUCAACGACAUUUGCUGGGACAAAUGCGUUGAAAAGCCGGGAAGCAAGUUGGAUAGCCGAACAGAAUCCUGUUUGAAUAACUGCGUCAACCGGUUUAUUGAUACCUCGCUGUUAAUUGCAAACCGAUUUGCACAGACGAUUCAGAAAGGGCAGUCGGGGAUGUGAGUAGAUUCGUUUGGUAGGGGAGAUUCGGGCCAAAUAUUGCAUUCGCCGUUAUAUAGGAUUUAGGUGUUCGUGUUAAACUUAAAUAAAUGAUAGAAGCAAACAUCUGGUUUUGCAUAUAUUAUUCA